GUUGGCAGCCAUUUUGAACGGAAAAAUUCGUGUGCGUGUGUGAACGCAAAAACUGCGAGAAAGCCGUACAGGAAAAAUUAUAAAUUGCAAUUAUAAUAUGCCAUUUAAUGGUGUAGUGGCAUCAAAAUUGUUAUAUUGAAGUAAUUUACCACCAGUGCAUGAUGGAAACAGUGCGAGUUUUCAAUCAGGAGCUUUCGGGGCUGUACGAGUCGAAGCCGCCGAUCUCCAAGGCCAAAAUGGCCUCGAUCACACGCAGUGCGAUGAAGGCCAUAAAGUUCUACAAGCACGUCGUCCAGAGUGUGGAAAAGUUUAUCUCCAAGUGCAAGGCAGAGUACAAAAUUCCGGGCUUGUACGUGAUAGAUUCAAUCGUGCGCCAAUCGCGGCAUCAGUUCGGUCCGGAGAAAGACGUGUUUGCGCCCCGCUUUGCUCGGAACAUGGAGCAAACGUUUGCGCACCUGUUUCGAUGUCCACCGGAAGAUAAGAGCAAAAUCAUUCGGGUGCUAAAUCUAUGGCAGAAGAAUAUGGUGUUUGCACCGGAAGUGAUCCAGCCGAUGUUUGAUUUAGCAAAUCCAGAACAUCCACUCCAUCUGCAGUACAAUGCGGCAAUGGCGGCUGCUGGUGCAAGCGGUGGCGGUAGUGUCGACCAGUCUGCUGCAUCGAACGGCAUGAACACCUCGGUGCUGUCCCACGAUUCGCCCGGUCCAAUGGGCCACGAUGAUCACGGCAACUCGACGCAGGCUUCCGAUACCAAGCCACUGGAUCAAAACACCAUUCGACAGCUGCAGCAGUUCCAGCAGAUCUUGAUGCGCCAGACAAGCGGCGGAGACAGUGCACUAGGUGGUGGCAAGGAUCAGGUUAAGUUCAACAAGAAAUUGUUGGACUUUGACUACGGCAGCGAGGAGGAUGAGGACAAAAACUCACCGUCGCUUCCGUCCACGACACUGCCCGAUGGAAGUAAUAUUGCGGCGAUUUUGUCGGAUCCGAACGUGCUGAAACAACUGCAGAAUCUGCAGAAACUCAAGCAGCACGAAAUGGAGGAGAAGCAAAGCAAGCUGACCGAGAUGCGCCUGCAAGAGGAAAAAUUCGAGAAGCAUUUGGCCAGUGUACUCAAGGUGGCUAGCACAAUUAAUACCCAACAGCAGCUUAUCGAUAAGCUACCCUUUGCUAAUGAAUGCGAUCUAAGUCGACAGCCGCCGAUCGACCUGACUCCGGCUACUCCCACUGGAAAGGAGGCUCCUGGCAACGAUGAUUUCGACGUGGUCACAGAGGUCAUCAGUGACACGCGCAGCUCAUCGCCCCGUAGCACGGCACCGGAUCAGUACCAGAAGUCAACCACUACUUCUCGACGCAGGAAAAGCCGAUCCCGCUCACCCAGGGACCGUCGGGAUAGAGACCGCGGAGGCCGUAGACGAUCCCGCUCCAGAUCACGUUCCCGCAGUCGAUCACAUUCACCCAGGCGUGGCCGUGGAGGACGAGGGUCAUCUCGGGACCGUGAUCGUGCAAGCCAGAAAGACAAGGAACGCGAUAAGGAACGGGAGCGGGAACGCAAGAAACGUGGACUACCGGAAAUCAAGAAAGAACAUCUCAGUGUGUGCAGUACAACGCUGUGGGUUGGUCACCUUUCCAAGUUGGUCCAGCAGGAAGAAUUAUCGGACACGUUUGGAAAAUAUGGCGAUAUUGUCAGCAUAGAUUUAAUUCCACCGCGUGGAUGUGCUUUCAUUGUAAUGAACCGCCGCCAGGAUGCGCACAAAAGCAUGCAAAGUUUGAAAAGCCACAAGAUGCACGGUCGCGCGAUUACCAUCUCUUGGGCUACUGGCAAAGGGGUCAAGAGUAAAGAGUGGAAGGAUUACUGGGACAUCGAUUUGGGUUGCAGCUACAUUCCUUGGAACAAAUUGAAACCCAAUACGGACCUGGAGAGUUUAGAAGAGGGGGGUAUGUUCGAUGAAGACACUAUGCCCCAGUGGAUGAAAGACAAGGUGCAUAGCAAUAGUAAACAGCAAAAGGACGUGGACACUCCGCCGGCGAGUAUCGUGACUCCCUUGUACGGGGUCGAUACCAGUCAACCACCACCGGCGGCUCCAAUGAUGGGCAUUCCUGGUAUACCGGCUCAAUUCCAGAUGGGUGGUGUGCCAAGACUACCACCAAUGAUGGGUCUUCCGAUGGUACCGGGGCUAGGAAUUAACGUUCCCCCACCGAACCUAAUGAUGGGUCCCGCAGGCGGAAUGAGCAACCCUCCGCCACUACCUAUGGGUGCGGGAUUUGGCGUUUUACCUCCGCCACCUCCGUCGCACAUUGGUAUGGCUACUAUUAGUGACGAAAUGGACAUCGAAAUGGAGGAGGAACCCCCGCAUCAGGGAGGACCUGGAGGAAACAUACCGCCAAUUAUACCACCGGUUGGAAUUCCACCUGCUGGCAUGCCACCAGCUGGUAUUCCACCAGCUGGUAUUCCUCCAACUGGUAUUCCACCACCGGCUGGUAUGCCACCGGCAAAUGUGGCUUUCUUCAAUCAGCCACCGCCUCCAUUGUUGCCACCGAAUCCGCCAGCAGGACUUCUUUUCGGCGCUUUGAACGAUGAGGAUCGUGAACAGAACAGACAUCGACAGCCGCCCGCUGGACGAAAUCGUGAGGAGUUCGAACGUCGUGGUAGUCGAGAUCGUGAACGGGAUCGUGAUCGGGACCGGGAUCGCGAUCGUGACCGCGGAGGACGCGGGGGAGAUAGACGUGAUUUCGGCAAUGAUCGCGACGGAGGGCGUGGUAGAAGAAACUUCCGCGAAGGAAGUGACGGAGAAUCGCGCAAUGAUCGGCCCAGUCGUUGGGGAAGUAAUGAUAGAAACAGGGGUCAACCGUCGGCACCUGGUGGUCCAGGAGGUCCGGGUGGUUCUGGCGGUGAUGGUGCACGUGAUGAUAGGCCACUAUCAGAGCGACUGCGCGAGUUGGCCGAAAGGAGCGCGGGAGAGGCAAGCGAGGGUCAGCAACCGUUUGGAGGAGGAAGGAACUUCAGAGGCGGACGUAACAUGAAUAAUGAUAGCGAUGACUUCAACCGAGGCGGUGAUGAUUUUGGACGUCGCGGUAAUUUCCAGCAGGGUGGACGCUUCAAUAAUAAUAAUAAUCAGCGUGGUGGCGGUCGGUUCAACAAUCGCGGUGGUCCUCCAGGAUUUAUGCAAAAUCGACGUGGUGGUGGUCCAGAAGGCGACAUGCCACCGAUGAACAUCAUGGAACUGCUGAAUAUGAAUUUGUUCCCAAAUAAUGACCAACAACAAGGAUGUGACGAUGAUGAUCAGCCACAGCAGUUCUUUGACCGUGGUGGUGGUGGUGGAGGGGACUUCAAUAACCGUCGUUCAAACAAUUGGAAUGAUGGAGGAGGCCGUGGUGGUGGUAAUCGUGGUGGACGUGGCAACUGGAGAGAUAAUAACGAUGGCAGUGGUAAUGAUGAAAGAUCUGGAGGUGGUCGAUUUGGACGCCGCAAUGAUCAGAGGAACCAAAAUCGACGUGGCGGCGGCGGUGAACAGCAAGACGAACAACCUCAACAGAAUUGGGAUCAGCCGCAGCAGCAAUCUGGUGGUGUUGGUGGUGGUAAUUCAGGAAAAAAAUGGGAUGACAUCGAUGACUCGUGGGACAACGAAGCGAACUCGGCUCCGAUUUCAGUUCAUCAACCCCAACCACGGUCACAGCAGUCGGAUACCACGUUCGAUGGCGGACAACAAGAACAGUUAGAGCGUCAGGAUCAUGAAUCACAGUUCCGUGAACAAGAACAACAAGAAAGACAAAAUGUUGACAGCGAAAGCAUGCCUCAGUCAGAAGCUCAAGAAAGAACAGAAGAAUCGCAACCCGAGAUGCCUAGAAAGCGAGGGGGGACCCCACUGUUCGACGAAAGCCGUUGCAUGCAAAGAAAUCCUAGCCCACCCAGGCAAGAACCUGAACCAGAAUUGAGACAACCGUCUCCAGUUCAAGAGCAACAGCAGCAACAACUUAGACCUCAACUAUACUCGCCAUCACCGCCUCCUGCGUCCGAUCGGUUCGAAGCAGAACCUGCCCCAGCUGCCGAACCAGUUGUAUUUACCAACUCAGAACCAUCAAUGGAUCAGCAACAGGAAACAUCAGCACCUAUUCAAGAUGUAGAACCUUCACCGCCAGUUGUUGAGCCGCAAGAUAUCGCUCCACCAGGAACGGAGGAUGCUUAAAGCUUACUAUGAAUACACGUAGCAGGUAUUCAAUAUGAAAUUUAAAAUAGAAAAGUUUUUUCAACUAGAUGUCUAGAUAUAGUUGCAAUAGCUACUCCUCUCUUGAAAACGGUACGUUUCAUCGAAAGAAGCCGAGGCUUUUCGUUUAAAUUGAAAUUUUUAUUACAAUGUUUUCUAGGGAGGAACUGAAAAUUAAUCAAUUUAAUUACUUUCGGUUUUGCAAAUUGGUUUAAAUCUCGAAUAGGUUUCGGAUAUAUUUAUUAUAGUGAACUGCAAUGAUUUUUGCUGGUGAAGAGAAACUAUCGAUGAAAACACCUUUUUGAUUGAUGAUAAGACAGGGAGAGAAAUAUUAGUUAAAAUUUACUAGCUUUACUCACCCAAAACAAGAAGUGGAUGUUCAAAUAAAGCACUUCGACUACCAACUACAUAUUGCUAUGUGCUAAUCUUUGAAGUAACGUUUUUAAUAACCGGAAUCAAGGAAUUCAAUCUGUGAUAUUUUGUGCAAGUGGAAAGGUUCAGUGGUUGCAUUUUAUCAUCAUUUUCUUUCGGGUUGUGAAAAAAUCAGAAUACGUUCUUAUUAUGAUUCUAGAUAAGGCCUGCGAAAAAAAAAUGAACAAGAAAUAAAUCAUUGAAGAGAUUAUAACGAAAACUUUGCUUGUUUGCCGUUGAAAGUAAAGAGCAGAAAGAACAGGAUUAGAAUUUUAAGUUUACAAAUCGGUGUUUGGAAAUAUACGUUUGAAACGAUGUGUAAGGUAGGUGAGUCACAUCUCCUCGUGGGAAACUCGCGCCGAGGGACAAAAACCACGAGACGUCGUAUCUGCAAUCAGCUGGACAGGAGUUGGAAAAAAUAGACUAGCGCUUGCACUCGAGUUGAGUGACUUGUGCAAGGUACUGUGAACAAAGCUUUUGCUCUAUAUGGUAUCAUUAGAUGUUUUUUUUACGUUUGUUAGGUUUUUAUUAUAUUAUAAUGAAAAAAUGUAUAAUAGCGAUACACAAAUGCUAUAGAUUUUUCCACCAGAUUCUGUUUUUAAUUACGUCAGGCAAGCCGUACUAGACACGAAAUGAUGAAAAUGCGCUACCGAAACGACACGAGUUUACAAAAUAUCACAGUGAUUACAAUUUUUGGCUACAUUAUUUGAUCGCACUGAUAAUUAUGUAUCUACCCUGCAAGGGUACAUGUAUGGAUAAUCUUCUGAUAAAAAUAAGUAACAUAUUUCUAUAAUAAAUACACAUCUUUACGUUGCUCUA